CUGGUUUCUUGGUUUGACAAGUCCAAUCCUUCUACUCCCACCUCUACCUGUUUGUGUUUAUCAGGCUGAACGCUGAAGGCUGAAGUAGAAGAGAAGAGAGCCUACAUCUACGUAUUCCAGUCCAGUUUCGAUGUAUGAAUCAUCGGUCACGUGAAUAGGUUAACAAUGCAACUUUCUCAAAACAAGUGGUUGAUAAGAUUUUAUGUUUUGUUUAAUUUAUUAAUAAUUUGAAAUGACUGAUGCAUCUCCGACUGGCACCAGCGCAUCCUCACCUGAUUCUGAAACUGGAAAGCUUCCAGCUCUAGAUCCAAGAUUUGAAUGCCCAAUCUGUCUCAACUGUUUGAAGGAUCCAUUUCUAACAUCAUGUGGGCACAGAUUCUGCAAAGAAUGCAUUAUUCAAUGGAUGAAACGUCAGGGGGGCGUUUGUCCAAUAGACGGCAAUGCGCUGACCUUGGAGGCAGACCUUUUCCCCGACAACUACACGCGGCGAGAAAUAGCUCAGCAAAAGUUGCGGUGUCCCGUUGAAGACUGCACACAACUUCUUUCUCUGAUCGAUGCCGAGCAACAUAUGAGUGAACACCAUCCGUCCACCUGUGAAGAUUGCAUGCGCUGUUCAUUUCAUAAUGUAGGCUGCAAUUUCAUAGCCGUGUCUGCAGAGCACAUGAAGAUGCAUCUCAACAAUGAUCUCCAUAACCAUCUCAAUCUCAUCAGUUCGGUUUGUUCUGGUCUGAGUUCGAGAUUAACAAACACUGCCAUCACAUCAAAAGCAGAAGAAGCAAAACUAUGGGAUCCUAGGCCCAAACAGGAUGACACUGAUUCUACAACUAGUUCAGAAGAAAGCCAAUUCAAAGAGCUAGUAAAGAACCUAUUCGAAAGAAUAGUCUUACUUGAACAAAAAACAAGAGAGCAAGAUGUGCAGCUGUCAGGGGCUCAUCAGCACAUUGUUCGAUUGUCGGUUGAGAUUGAUAGACUGAAAUCUGAUCUACCUCUUAGAGUUUGUAAUGGUGUGUAUGUGUGGAAUAUUUCCGAUUUCAGAAGAAAGUUACAGAAGAUGAAACUGGAGCCGUCGAUUAUGUUCUACAGUCCCGGUUUUUUUACCUCAUAUUAUGGCUACAGGUUUUGUGCCAGGCUCAAUUUAAAUGUUAGUGAUAAAUCUUUCAUCACAUUGAACGUACAUGUAAUGCAAGGAGAGAAUGACAGUGUGCUGCAAUGGCCAUUUAUUGGUAGAAUUUCACUGACUCUUGUUCAUCCACAAAAUCCUUCACUAACGAUUUCCGAAACAAUGAUGUCAAGACCAGAACUGGAAGCUUUCAAAAGACCAACAAAGGAAAUCAAUUCACGUGCCUUUGGUUACGCCGAAUUUGUUUCUGUUAGUACUAUUGAAGGGUACUUGCAAAAUGACUGCCUGACUUUGAAAAUUCAGGUAAAAAGUGUUUGAUUCGCCACCGUAAACGUGACAAGUUAGCCUACGAGUAUAUUGUGAGUUUAAUGUCUUUCGUAAAAGUAUUUCAAAUUAUAUAUACUGUAUUAAGAUCAGUAUUAUGUUGCUACUUCUAUGUACUUAAUUUUAUUGUUUCAAUUUUAUAGUGAUAAAAGAAUUUAAAAAUUUA